CACAAGGAAAUGUCAAAAUUGAUAAUGACUGCAGUUUUGUACGCAACAAAACAAAACAAAACAUCAUUAAUAAUUUAGAGAUGGAUUAUAUAGUUAAGGAAUUAGGUAUAAGUAAUAAAAAUAUAUUCCCAACUGCAUCCCCUGGCCUUUUUUCCGUCGUCGUCCACACAGCUUGGUUGAAAAAAUGGAUAAAAAACAUCGAAAUAGAUACCUCGCUGAACAAUGUAGAUUUUACCUUGCAACCUGGUGAAAGUGUACCUUAUCCGUGGCGAAAAAUAUUUAUGAGGGUGUUGAGUAAAAAAGUGUCCAAGGUUCUUCCUUUGCCUCGUUACAAGCUCAACGAAAACACAAACGAGACUCCCCUCACGUUCUCCCAACUCUUACAAUAUGUGUCACAGAGUAACCAAAGAACAUUGUGGAAGGAAGCAUACAAGAAAUAUUGUCAAAAUAAUGAUAGCAGUAAGGAAAGUACCAUAGUGAACCUAUUGGAGCAUGACCAGCUGAUGUCUGAGGUUGUGCUCCGCUUGUAUGGAUGUAAUAUAAUUAGGGUAAAGUGUGAUGGAGCUGGGAAACACAUAGAGUACAAAGAGAUAAUACCUAAUAAACAUGUUUUAAAAAUGUAUGAAACUCAUGGCAACCUGCUAGCAGCCAUGUUCACUAUUGAAACAGAUACUAACUUCUAUGUUAUAUACCGGGCACAAUAUGAGAAUACCCUCCUAGACUGUCUGAACUUCAGCCCAAACUUAAUAGACAUGAAUUACAGUAGAGGCUUGUUCAUAGUGUACCAACUGUUGAACUUGUCUAAAGCUAUGAGUGACAGGGGGCUAAGCUUGGGCAUGUUGACCCUUCUAGAUAUUUACUUGUCUGAGAAUCUGUGGCUGCAGGUUUUGCCAAUGAUGACAAAUAAUAUACAUUGUUUGGAUGCUUCCCUAAUUAUUGAACACAAUAGGAGUAAACAGACCACUCCUGCAAUAAGUCAGGCUCCUCCUGGGAAAAGGGGGGAGGAGUGGUGUUGGCGCAAGGAGGCAGUUCAGCUGGAGAAGCUUUGUAUGUUGUGGGUGAGAGGAAGGAUAUCUAACCUGGACUAUCUGCUACACCUGAAUAUGUUGGCUGGAAGAGCCGCCAAUGAUCCACAAGCCCACUUCAUGGUUCCAUGGGUCACUGAUUUCUCAUCUAGAUGUGGUAGAAACUGGCGAGACCUAAGUAAGUCCAAGUACCGGCUGAAUAAGGGCGACAGACAGCUGGACAUGACGUAUGACGUCAGCAGCUGCACCGACCAGAUACCACACCACGUUUCCGACGCCCUGUCCGAUAUAACUUGCUACGUCUAUCUAGCGCGCAGAACACCUAAGGAGGUCUUAUGUAAAUAUGUGAGAAAUAAAUGGGUGCCGGCCGAAUAUCCAGCGUCGAUACAGCGCAUGCAGGAGUGGACCCCAGACGAGUGCAUACCGGAGUUCUACACAGACCCUACUGUGUUUAAGAGCAUUCAUGAAGACCUACCGGACCUAGGCAUACCGUCGUGGGCGACCUGCGUGGAAGAUUUUAUAACGAAACACAGAGAAGCAUUGGAAAGUACGCAUGUGUCAGAGAAUCUACACCAUUGGAUUGAUAUUACUUUCGGAUACAAAUUAUCAGGCGCUGCGUCAGUAAAAGCUAAGAACGUGUGUCUAUCGUUAGUAGACGGACACACGCGCAUCCGUCGCGGGGGCGCGGUCCAGUUGUUGUGCGCGCCCCACCCGCCGCGCGCCCCCCGCGCCCUGCCACCUGCGCCCCCGCGCCUACACUGGACGGCGCCUAAGGAUGCUAAAAAGUCCCUCAGAAACGACAGUUCAGAUGACGUGUCUGAUGAUGAAGAGGAGUCGACCAGCCUUCCUCAGCACGUGUCGCGGUUGAACGUGCCUCCCCAACGCGUCAGAUCUCGACACAAAAGCAGCAGUAGGGCUCGCUCCCUGUCCAAAAGCCAAGGACUCGAGGAUUCGCAGACUGUCCCCAUGGAAGGCAGAGCUUCCUCCCACUCGCGACACUACAGGGUCCAAAGAUCAGAGCUCGGCAAAGGCGUCAUAUACCUCCCCAAAGAAUUCAACCCGGUAGCUUCUAUACAGGCGAUAGAAUCCCUCGACAAUUUUAGAACAAAAUGCUUCUUCACCAAAGCCGAAGAUAAGGAGAAACACAAGGAAAAUAUCACCCAUUUAAACCUUUAUCCGGUGCAGCAGGACAUGAGGCAGGACAGUACUGUGUCCACAAAGGAAGGUUGUGAUGAUACCGCCUUCACCAAUCACAUGUUCUUAGCGUCCUAUGACCAGAGUUAUUUGAAGAAGUUCACUCAGGAUGCGCAUUUGGAAAGUGUUCUAAAGGAGAGGAAAAAUAGAACAUUCAAUACUAGAUAUACGACAGAUGCAGCUAUCUACAAGCAGUUUGUUACGGAAAGUAGACGCCAGGAUAUGUUAGUCAUAGGGUGUUUGAUCGUGGAAAUAUUUUUACACAGCUACAUGCGUCCGCUUCGAACCGCCAACGAUAACUUCUUAGAACGCUACAACAACUGCCGGACAGUGCUGAAGUACAAUUUCAACGCGUUACCAAGAAGUGUUAGUUACAUAGCGUCCUUACUCCUGAACGUGCAACCUCUCAGUUUGAGCUACAAAAACGAACUGACGCCAAAAAAGGAGGAGCCUAUGAAGAAGAUUUUGGUAACCGAUAAAGGGUUGCCAGCUCCCACUCCUGCGCAGCUUUUACAACCUUUAUUGAUGCAGCAUUUAAUACCGUUUCCUCAAAGCUUUAAUAUUUUGUACAAAUUGUUGAAUACACUACAUGAAUACGAACUCACAAGCACGGAGCUGAACAUACUGUAUACAUAUGAAUGUGAUGGCGUGCAAUGCGAAAAAUAUCAAAACGUGGACAAAACGAAACUGUAUUUUAACCAGAAAAUAGCUGAAGGAAAGAUUCAAGCGUGUGCUAGCCAUUUAGAAGUCCUGUUAAACCAAGUAAAUUGUUACAAUCAGUUCGAUGUCCUGGACAUCUUCCUCUCCCACUACAUAGAGUUACUGCAGAACAAGGACACGUCGGUAUUGGCCGCGUGGUACUUAUUCGACACAGUCAGCAAGGCGUUGGGGCCCGCCGAGACGAGGAAGAAGCUUCUCAAACACAUCCUGAACCUUUACGAAGACGACGACUUUGCUGUGGACAAACCUGACCAGCAUAAGUUGACCGACAUCGACGGCGCCCUCGCAGGGGGAGUGUCGAACAAACAGAAGUUUGUGAAGCUCUACCACAACAUCUUCCUCCUUCAGCUCAUGGUCAGGUUGGGGCUCCAAUGUUUCCUGGACAACUUCACACAGCACCUAGUUGAGGCUGUUGGCGGUUACAAGGACGUUACUGAAGAAGUUGGCUCUCCGGGCCAUCUGUGUCACAACAAAGCAUUAUCCAGUAAAAAGCCGAGAUAUUCUGAUGAUAAUGUGAAGAAUGCCCUGUCUAGUAACACGGAUAUAUUUUCUCCUGAUACAUCGUACGGGUCUGAACACGUGACGACUCCUGGUGUGGAGAAAACUGAGACUCACGAAGGAUUGAAGGAAAAAGACAGUGAUAAUAGAAGCGAAAAUGAAUUGUUCCACUUCGAGACUGAUAAGGACAGAUUGCCAAGUAGAAGCAGUAGAAGCAAGUCUCCCGCGGAGUCCAUAGACUCGUAUAACUCGAACACUCAAGAUAACAUCCACACUCCCUCACCAUCGAUAGACCAUGUCUCACCAAUAUCCAGUAAGUACUUCACAUCAAAUGCCGCAGCCCAAAAAGAAUUGAAUCAGCUACAAAAUAGAGAUCAAAAUCACGAAGCAGUGACGCCUUCGAACAAACCAAUGUCUCCAACUAUAGAAAUACCGACGAAGCCGAUGUUUACAAGUUACCUACAUUUCGCAGAGGAAGAUGAUUCUGAGGUAGAACUAAGAAGAAAGUCUCACGACCCUCAGAUAAACUUGGAACUACGGAAGCACAUGGACAGGUCAGCUAAAGGCUCUCGAAGUAUGAACGAUGAAGAUUUCCAAGGAUUUAAAGACCCUAAUACGUCAAAAAUUUCAGAUAUGAGUUCUGAAAGUUUAAUUUGGUUGGCUCAUAGACUAGGCCCGGUGCUUACUUGUCGGUACAUAACGAGGAACUUACUGAAGAUGUUAACGCUAUGUUAUAUUGGGAAGGACAACUUGGCGCCCUGGGACAGUGAUGAUAGGGAUGAGUUUGACGAGAUAUCCAUUGUGAGCAGUCGCGUGGUCGGCGAUAGAAACGCUAUGAAGGUGAUCAAGUGCCUCACUUCUAUUGUAGCGAUGUACGGUGAACAGCUAAUAAUAUUCCAAUACCUGCCUCACAUGGGCGAGCUGAUAGCGUCGUGUCGGCGUCGCCUGUCCGCGCCGCUAGAGGGCGGCGUGGUCGCCUGUCUACAGCUCAUUAAGUACUUACUGCCGCAUAUGUCUGAUGUCAAACUUAUGGAGCAGUUGCAGGACACAUUCCUAAAAUCGAUCCUGCAGCCGGCCCUCCGGCUAGCGUCGACGACUCGUUGUUCGUACCCGAGCGGCGCCGCGGCGCGGAGCUCGCUCACUAGGAAGCUGCUGGACGCGCUGCAUGUACUGGCCGUCAGGAUCGGGCCCGAGAUGACCAGGAGACACCUUUGUGUACCGGCUUUGCAGAGAUUCUUUUUGGCGUUCGAUAAAGCUACGGGCAAGAUUGAUAACUGGCCGAAACAGGAAGAAACAACACCGGAAAAGACAUUAGAGCAAGAGCCGUCCGACUCAAAGCCGGAAGGUUUCCUGGAGAUAUGCCGCGACGGCACCACGGCGGAGUGGCGCGUGCAGGACGGGCGGGUAGUCCGGGCCGACAUACCCGACCUCGCCUGCACGCCGCCUGAUGUCGCGGACCAUGCCAACGAUACCACCAGGCUUACGGCUCAAGAAGAGUUGCUGAUGGUAUUCGACGAGGAGCUAGCGUACCGAGCGUACACGACCUUCGUGAAGUCUAUAGGCACCGAGACCAUGGAGCGGUGUCUCAAGAAUAUAGACACCGUCAGAGCGCUCUGCAGGAAUUAUGAACAAAACCAUCGGAUCAGCUCUCCUCUUCAAAUCCGUCCGGACAAGCGCGUUCAGCUUUCAUUCAGCGACGAGCCUUUGAGUCGAAAAGCUGAAUCUUCAAGCAAGUCUGAUGUGGUCAUGGACCAUAUAUCCAGCUCAAACAGUUUCGGGUCCAACGUCACAUUAGUGGGAAACCGUAUAGAUGUCGCUAGUGACGCGUGUGACGUCGCCAGUGGUGCGCACGCGCAUGGUUUCGAUGUCGUCGCGUAUAAAGCUGAUAAUGGGGUAAAGAGUAAUAGACAUUUACGCGGUGACUGGCUGAUCUACUGGGAGCACGAGAUAGGCCGGCCGGACAAGGAGACCCGGUUCAACCUGAAGCAGAUCAAGCUGCAGAGCUUCGUGGGCCACACGCACUCCGUCAAGUCCAUCCACUGCCUGGACAACGAGAACAGCUUCAUGAGCGGCUCCAAGGACAAGACUGUGAGGCUGUGGUCGCUGAGGAACCAGGGUGAUGGCAACGCGACGUCUCAGUGUAACUGGACGUACACGGGCCACAAGAAGGGCGUGUUGUCCCUGACGUUCCUGGAGUCGCUGCGCCUGGCCGUCUCCACGGACUCCGUCGUGCAUAUAUGGGACCCGUUCAUGGAGAGCGUCGUGUCGCAGUUGGACUCAGUGAAGAGCCCGGUGAGUAUAGUCCGCACGCUGGCGGGUCCGUCGGCCGCGGUGCUGGCCGCCACCACGGACGCCACGCUGCGGGUCAUCGACGCACGGACCCCGCACACCUCGCACGAACUCAAGCUCCCGAUGAGUGCAACAACGUUCAUCCGCUGCAUGUGCGUGAGUUCGACGGGGGGCUGGGCGGCCUGCGGCCUGGCCAGCGGACAUGUCGCCGUCACCGACCUGCGAACCGGACUCACCAUCGCCGCCUGGAAGGCGCAUGACGGAGAGGUGUUGAGACUGGCGACAGUGGACGAGCACCGACUGCUCAGCUCAGGCCUGGACCAGGUCACGGCUCUGUGGAGACCUGACGACGGAGAACUCAUUGCGCAUCUCAAAGGCAGCACAGAGCCCGUCCACUGCCUGUCGGUGUACUACAAGGAGCUGAUCUCUGGGACCACCAACAACAGGAUAGGGGUGCACACGUCGCUCGGCCAGGACGCGAGCUUCUCGUCCACCAAGCUGCGCGGGGACACCUUCCGCGGAGUCCUCACCUGCAUGGCAGUACUCCCCCUCAACCGGCUACUGCUACUGGCCAGCGACAACGGCACCAUCAGUCUACUCUGCUGAACAAAGGUAUUAUUCAUAAAUAUCUGUAUUAUAACUCUGAUUAUUACUUGUGUUUAACGGUUACUUACGUCACGUAAUUAUUUGGCGAGGUUACUCGAUAGCCAAUCGCCACGACAUGUUUCGAGUAAUACUGCUUAUGAGUCCCGAGCGUGGCUCGAAACCAAUCGAGUUACCUCGUCAAACAGUUACGUUUGUAAGCUGUUGAAUAUAAAUAAUUAAUAUAAAUAUAUAAUUAACUAAAAUCCAUGUUAAGUCACUGUUGAGAUUCUAUAUGAGUAUAUCGUCCAUUCCAAAGUGUAUGUUUUACUAUAUAUUAUGAUAUAUAAUGGUACCUGUAACUGUGUGUGUGUGUAUGUGUGUUAGGAUAAUUUUUAUGCGUUGAUAAUGUGUGAAAGUUUUAAUCUUAUGUAUAUUUCAAUUUAUAUAACAUUUAAAAUGUGUUCGUGUAUUAUUCUAUGUUCGUUCAAAUUGUAACUUUGUAUAUUUUCUCGUGUGUAUUUAUAUCGUUAUUGCUAUUUGCUAGCGUUUAUAUAAGUUGUUGCAUGCUGUAAAAUAAUGUAUUAUUUUCUUUAAUAAAUAUAGAACGAAAUGCAUACGUAAAUCUGAGCGAUAUUAAUAGUUAAAACAUACAUUUAUGAAAAAUAAAUUUCUUACAAUCAUUCCAAACAUCGAAAUCAUUCCAAAAUAUGCGAAAUGAGUUUAAAAACCUAAUGAAUAAUAAAAUUAGUUUAGAUCUAUCUAUCCAUCUGAUUUCUAAAUGCAAUGAAAUUAUAUGUCACAAAAUAUUUCGAUUUCUUUAAUUUCAAAUUAUUGUGUUAUUGUCUUGCGUAUAGAUAGAUAUCCAGACUACAUUUCAAUGAAAUAGAAUUCACUGGUAGGCGCAAUAGAUACGGAGGAAGCAUAAAAAUAAGAAGUAACACAAGAAUAUUUAUAUUAUAAUAACAUUUUAACUUUUAAAUGCAAGAGACGGAACUUCUGAUACCAUUUUUUGAAUAUGAUUUCUCUUAAAUACAUCAAAUUAAAUAGUUAAUUAUUAUAAGUUUGUGCUUUGUUAUUAAAAAUUGAAUAAUAAUUAUGAAUAUUUUAGAGUUGCUAAUUAGAUAGUAAAAUAUUAUACCUUACAUGUCGAAAGUACAAAGUAGACGUUACCAAAGAUCUAAUCAAUCGUAAUAAUUGUUUUCACUAAUCAAUGUAAACUCAUUAACCCGUGGUUUUGUUUGGGAAGUCUACCGCCUAAAUAAUUUAGCUAUAAAUUACAUCGUAUGAUCAUCAACAGUCAGAUGACGUCUAUUACUGAACAAUCUCUCAAGUAAUGACAGGCAGAUGAUGAUUGAAUGAUUUAAUAUUCAUCUACAGUAUUCAACUAAAGUUCAUGCAAAAGUAGUUUCUAAAUAUUGGUUAUAAGGUCUAUAAUAAAGUAAUAAAAGGGUGUGAGAGGACAUGGACAUCAGUGGCCUUUUGGCUGUUUACAGGUUUAUAAGUGCAAAGUGCAGAAUUAAAAACCACAAACCAGUUAUACAAAACAUUGGUAAAUUAUUUACUUUUUAGGAACACAAUAAUAAGACUAACAGGAUCUUAAUCUCCAGUGGUACCACCUAGGCAGAACAAUUGCUUUUCUGUCAUUCAAAAAUCAACCAUAUACGGAAACAUGGCGGUUCAAUUUUCCCUAACAAAAUCUUAGCGAAUUGUAUAGAAGUACUAGCGUAUUUUGGUUAAUUUACUUCUUAAAAGACAUGUUUAUAAUGAUAUAAUGUCUAUUAAACAUUACAUUUAAUUUUAAGUUAAAUGUACUUCAAUUCCUAACCGUAACAGCUCAACCAAUUUUGUUGUUCUCGUAAUAUUUAAGUGAAUAUGUAUAUAAGAAUAUUAUGAAUAAAACUUGUAGAAAUGCUAGUUUAUAUUUUAAAUAUUAAGAGUUAAUUUUAGGGCCGGUUCCAUUGACAUAAAUCAGCAUCCAAAAAAUUAAAAUCAGUGAGUAGACGUAAUAAUUAUUAUCUAUUUAUUUGUCACUUUUACACAGACGUAUAAUCGACAAAGUAAGCAGUGGACCAUUUCAUUAGACCAUCCAUUGAAUUAAGUGACGUCAUCGGUACGCAUCGCGUCAGUGGACGCUGUUGUAUGAGUUUUUAUACAAGAAAAACUAAAAUCCGUUGCGUGCGAUCCGUCCGAUGCGUGCGAUGCGGGCUUGUGGACGCUUACCUUUAGGCGAUAUUCGCAUGCAUUCAGAGCGAGUGGGUAGCGGUUUUGUCAUAGGAUUUUGUUUAACAAGUGUACUGCCAUAAACUUUGACGAUUGUACAAGGGUUGAAUGACCGACUACUAAAUAAUAUGUCGCAGUGCUGAUGAUUUUUAACUUAUUUUAAAUGAGGAACUAAGAUAAUUGUGUAACUGGCCAAUAGUGUUUUAAAUUGUAUACAAUAUAGAUAUUAUAAUAAUAUAUUAAAAAGUUAUGUAGAUAUUAGCUUUUAUCAAUGAAGAUGAAAGGUACCACUAUAGAGCACUAAGUAGUAAAAUAUUUCGCAUAGUUUAUAUAAUAUUUUAGUUUAUAUAUCCAGUUAAUAAUAUAUGUAAAUUAUAUAUAAAUGCAAUAUUACACAUUUUAUUCUUUGACAGACUAGGCAGCAUACUUACAGCUGUUUAAUUCUUUAGUUUAAUUAAAAAUAUCUUCGUUUUUAUCGAUUUUAAUAUAAUAUGACUUAUGUAUAUUAAGAAAAGCUAAAAAGAUUCCUGUAAAAAUUAAAGUAUUACUAUUUAUUUUCCUUAACUUCGAUCGAAACUACGUGCCACCAAGCGGAAGUUACUGUAAAUUGGUCACAAACAUUUUAAUUUAUUUAUAACGCUCUAUUCAAAAACAUUUUGUUUUUGUUUUACAUAAUUCGGGACCCCACAUCGCCAGUACCAUGUACGAGUUUGUUUUACGUUGAACGAAAACGAAACGAUAGCGCAUUCGGCGCUCUGAUUGGCCGGUGGGAAUUAACCCACCAAUCAGAGCGCCGAACGCUCUUUCGUUUCGAUACCGUUUAAAGUAAAGCAAACUCAUACUAAGAUUACAGUUUUCGCUUCGAAAGUUUACAACUGUUUAAGUUGAGUAUUGGUACUAUUAAAAUAGUAAAAUUAAAUUUUUAACCUUAAAAGUGUUAAACAAUCCUACAUUUAGUUCUAAAGUUAUACCAACAGUGAUAUUACGAACAAAUCAUGAAAGAAAGUAUUCAAAUCAUCCAAAAUAUUAGCUCUAAGUCAGUGAAAUAAAAUAAAAUAUCUGUAAACAUCAAAAGAACCUAAUAAACUGUAACACAUAAAAUAAAAUUUGUAUUUUGUAAAAAUUGUAACCAAUAAGCAAAAAGUUACUAAACCAUAGAGUAAGCUGGGUCUAUAAAACGGCUUGUUUAUGGAGCGAUCUAGCUAUAAUCUGUGGUUUUUAAUCAAUAGUCUUUAAAACUAAAACUUGUAAAAUGUAUAAUGUAAAUAUAAAUUUUAACAUUAUAUUAUUGUAAAUUACGAUAAUUCAAUAAACCAAAUAUGUUAUACUCAUUUUCAAUCGUCCGAUAUUUUGUGUGCCAAAUAUUUUAGCACAUUAAGCGCCUGUUACCAACUUCAUAAACUUAUGUGACAGAUAGUUCUUACAAAUUGCGUUCUUAAUUUAAAUUUAUCUGGGCCAUAGCAGCUAUUAGUUUCAAUAAUAAAUCAAUCUUUUUACCAUAAAGUAUUUAUUUAUAACCAAUAUUUUUCAAAGAUUACAUGAAUUGGGUUUGUCUUUUGCUAUUUUUAUCGAAAGUUCUUUCUUAGUUAUUAUUUGUGUACAAUUAUUUAUUAAAUAAUUUUAAUCCAAGUUUUAACGAAAAGUUUAAAUACUUAAAACACUCAGUGUUGCUGUAUGUUAAAACGUUUUUUAAUUCCCAUCUACAAAACAAAGUAAGAAUAUCUCUGAAGUAUAAGUAUUUAUCAUAUCAACAUUUUCAAUAGAAUACAGAGGACAACAGGAAAAAUGUUAUUAUUUAUUAUAAGUCAUAUUUAAAAUUUUAAAUAAAACAUUCCUUUCAGACACAAAUUGUAUAUUCAAAUAUUUUUGUAUAAUAAAUAUUAUAAAAAAUACUAAAAACAAUGUUUACAGCUUAACUACGUAAACUUCGAGGAUGCUCGACUAGUUUCAUGCCACACCCGGGCUCAUAAUACUAAUAAGCAUCCUCGAACAGUUUACUACCUACUGUUAUUGUAUUAUUUAAGUUUUUAAAGUAAAUACAAUCUGUGUAAACCAGAAUUUCAACCAAUCAUAUUAAAGUAAAAACUGUUGUAAGUAACUGUGUAUAUUCUCGUAGGAAAGGUAUUUUUAAUAAUAAAACAAGUUUUAUAAAUUA